GCAUCAACUUUCCUCUUAAGGCAAAGAGGAAGAGUGUGCAAACUGUGUCGCACGUAGCUUUCAUCUAUUUAUCGGCUGGAUCUUGAUUACACAUCUAGUUCCAGAGAUGGUUCGAUCACAAUUUGGACCCCCACGCUUAAAGCCAAGACCCUACGGAGAUAGUCGUGGACAUAAGGAAGGAAGUUACAGCCCCAGCCCCAGCUCCAGAAGUCGAAGAAAUGACCAGGGCUACUCUGGGAAGCCCCCUCCUGAUUGGAGGGAUUCCAAAGGACGAGGACGGCCACCAGUUGGCAGAAGAGCUCCUGAAAUGGGAGAUCAAAGAGAGCCGCGUUUUAACCGCUGGAGGCCUCAGAGUCAAGGAUCCUCCUCAUCCCACUCUCCCAAAAUGGGGGCACAUUCUAGUCAGCGGAGGUCGCCUCCACCCAGGCCGAACCGCCCCUCUCAAGUCCAGCGUCGUUCAUCCCCUCACAGCUUUUCACAAGGACACCAGAGCCAAAGGGGCCCACCUUUCCAUGGUCAUCCCUCGGGCCACAGAUUAUCUCCUCCAAGACAUUUUCGUGGCCAUCCAGCUGACAGGAGGCCAGGAUCCGCACCACCCUACCAGGGAUCUUUCAGGGACCCCAGAAGGCAACCUGGUUUUCCCUAUGAGCGGAGUCGAGACCCUCACCCAAGAGGAAGGCCAUAUGUGCAUUCAGGUCGUGGCAUGAAGCGCUGGAACGAGCCUGGAUCGUUUUCAUUUUCUCACAAUGGGGAGCACCGGCCCCCUGGAUUUCAGAGGAUCCCCAGGGGGAUGCCUGGGAGAGGCUCAUGUACAGAGAGGUGGUCAUCUGAACAAGACUCCAGGCGGCAACGUGGUCCUGUGGAGAGGCAGGGCAACAGAUCCCACAGUCGAGAGAGGGCACAAGAUAUCCCUCAUCUACCCCCUUACAGAUCUCCCUCGUGGAAAGGAGGUCCAUCACCAUCAUCAUCCCACUACAGGAGCCUUCAGGACAGACAAACGUCAGGAUUUCGUAAGAGGAGGUUGUCAGGUCCUGAACCACAGCAUGGCAAUCCAAAAUACCCCAGGAGAGAGAGACCUCAGCUGAUGAGUCUACCCAGACCGUUUGGUGGUCCACCUUUGUCUUUUAGGGGUCGAGGUUACCUAGUUAGGAGUCGGCAAAUCGGAGCCGAGUCUCUCAUGAGGCUAAGAAUACCUCCAACUGUGAGACCCAGGCCUCGUCCAGGUGACAUGCCUGCACGAGGAAAUACCAGCUCUGUUUUUGCUAUAAGGAAGAGGCGUUUCCCGUUAAAGGCAGUUCCUCUGAAAAGGAUUGAGCCAAGAAAGCCCAAACCACAACAGUCACCCUCCAGAGAGGAAGACAAAGCAAGCAGAUCCUCGAGAGACUCUGGCUCAGGAAAAGAACAGGUGGAGUCUCGCCGAUCCUUGAGCAAACACAGGUCUUCUCCCAUAGAGAAACGUGAUCUUGUCGUUUUGUCUCACUGGCCGCCUGGACCAAGUUCCUCCUCUAAAGACACUUCCCCUCCAAAAGGUCACAGCCCAAAGUCAAAGACAGACCGCAGUUCAGAUGGAGAGAACACGUCACAUAGGCGAUCUUCAAACGACUCCAGAUCGCCUGAAGACAGAAAAUACUUGGAGAAGAGGGUGUUUAGAACCCCCAAUGUGAUGCAUGACAGCAGACCCUCAAGGCCUUUUAGGAGACCAGGACCCAUACAAGGUCAGAGGAUACCUAGUGGUCUGAGAAACCCGGGCCCAGACCUGUCAGGAGCUGUUAGAAGACCACUCAUGGAGACUUUAAUCCCACGUCCUUUCCCAAAUCAGAGAUCAGUGUUCAGAAAAAGCUACAGCAUCGUGUCCAAAUACCGCAACAUGAGAGUGAUGCGUCAGCGAGCUCCUUACAACCGAGGACCCAGCCAUCAACGUUAGUGACAACAUGCGGUCCCAAAUUCUAAAAAAUGGAGCUGGGAGAUCGUGAACCUUUUUCAUCCAGAUCUUUGACACCUGUUGGAAAGUCUCGCUUCAGACCCAACCUGCCUGUGUAUUGUGAGUUAUUGCUAACAUGUGGUCUUUGGUAGAGUACUACUGUACUUAGUUUGAGAAUAUUUUGUAAGAUAUACCAUGUGUUUUUUUUUCCUGAUGUUUUUGAUUUAAAAGCUGUUGCUUUAGAAGAUCUUGGAAAUCCUAAUUUUACUUAGUGCUCAUUAUUUGUUUUGUUAAUAAGCAGCAAUAUAUUACAUAAUGUAUUGUGGCAUUUAAAACUUGUAUUGUGAUCACAUGCUGAGUUCGACUUGGAUAAAACAAAAAUAAAACUUGGGAGUCAA